AUGGUGAUACAUAAUUCAACCUCAUCUACAAAAGGUAAUUUAUGGUUAUUCUGGAAUGCUUCUUUAUCUACUCCUCAAGUUAUUUCAAUUUCUAGCCAAAUGGUAAUUGUCAGUAUUGGUGAAGUAUUAGUUUCUGGUGUUCAUGCUCAUGUUAAAAAGAGUCAAAGAAAGUUUCUUUGGUCAGAGAUGGAAAUCAUUAGCCAGAUACAAAAACCAUGGGUUGUUUUAGGUGAUUUCAAUGCUAUAAUUUCUCCUGAAGAGAAAUUUGGUGGUAAAUCUCCUAACAGAAUUUCAAUGAUGGAUUUUUUUCAUUGCCUUAAUGAAUGUAACUUAAUUCAAGCUCCUAGCACAGGUCAGCAAUACACUUGGUCCAAUUGUCAACAAGGAACAAAAAGAAUCCUAUGUGUUCUAGAUAUAGUUGUUUUCAAUUCUUUAUGGUUACAGAAGUAUGGUGAUUGGGGAUAUAAGGUUGGAUUGAGGAUAUUUUCAGAUCAUGCUCCUUUAUUAUGUGGUUGUGCAAGCAUACCCAGACCAAAGAAUGUUCCCUGGAAAUUUCAGAAAAUGUGGAUUGAUCAUCCAUCAUUCUUAAGUGAACUGAAGAAAGUAUGGAAUGAGAAUAUUAUUGGAGAUCCAUCUUUUAUUUUCAUGCAGAAUCUAAAAAAGUUAAAAAAAGUUCUUAAGUGA